UUGUCCCCAACACCAUUGUCGUUCAGUGCCAUGAGUAGGCCUUAUCCCUAGAUCUCAUGAGCUACCCAGUUUCAGGUUGGAAGACCUAUGUGUCCUUAAUCACGAGCCUUCAGUUUUGGCUUGGUCAUGUUGUUCGUAGGCCUUGACCCGUCCACUUCGGCAGUAUAGUUUUUAGUACCCCACAACUCAACUGAGGACAGGUUGUGCCUUUGUCUUUAGACCAACUGACUUCAUGUCUUCACGCUCUCGCACUGGUAUCUUCUGGUGAAUAGACAACCAAGCAGACGAAUCAAACCGUGUCUCACCAGCACUUGAGUGGCCAAGUAUGAGUGAACCAAGUGAAAGUUACAACUAUGAGGCUGACACCUUUGUGUCAACUACACCAACAGAUCAGUACACCUAUGGCACUGACACAUUCGAAGGAAGUCAUGACAUCAGUGACGCUUCAUCACAACAAAAAAGUUAUUCCACCGAUACAUUUGUGACAGAAACUGUUACUCAAGACAGUCGGAAGUAUUCGGACACCUUCGAAUCCACACUGAGUGACAGUAGACAGUCCUACUUUGAUAGCCAGUCUACCGUAGUUGAAACACCAAGGAAAACUCUCACCAGAUACCGCUACAGCACAGACAGCAUUGAGCGAACGUCUCUCUCUGGUUCUCGAUACACCAGCUUUGAAUCCUCCUCUGAGAGGCCAUCUUAUUCUGAUACAUUUGAAGAUAUCAAGUCAGAUGAAGAAACUGAACUGUCUUUGACUCAAACAACUUCUGACGACAGUGAGACUGAAGAGGAGGCAAGGGCGGCAGAGGCCAAGUUUCUUGAGGGAAGAUAUGAACACAUGGUUUAUGGCAGUGUUCAACAGGAGAAACUGGCAUCCCCAUCUCCACAGAAACCAAAAUCAAGAAGGGAGAAACAGCUUAUCAGCUACUGCCGGAAGAAACUUGAAGUCAUAAAGAAUAAUGAAAGAGGUGAUUUCAAAGAUACUUAUCAACAAAAAUCAGUACCAUCUGCUCAUGAUCAAAUUUUAGUUGAGAAUUACGGUGUAUCAGAGGGAACUGUAUCCAGGUUGAAAAUACAGAAUCUGAUCGACAGAAUGAAACAAGUGGCAUCAACUGAAGUCCAUUCACCUAAAAAGUGCAGAGACUGCAGGCAUCAAAUAGCACAAUGUAAACAAGACGAGUACCUAAAGCAUAAGACAGCCAUUGCUCGUGGAAAAAUGGUGGAUGAACGAUAUGAAUCACUGUGUGCCAAGGACUCGUUAGCCAUCUUUGGAGAGAUGAUUGGGUCCUUGCCAAAACUUAGUGAUGAUCCUGAAGACGUCUGGGAGAGGCUCAUGAAACCGUUACAUGAAAGAGACACAAAUAAACAGCAGAAUUCUCCCUGACGUCCAUAACAUUAGGACUUCUAUUUCAUUAGCUAAGAAGUUAGCGAGGACUUACAGAUUAUGUCAGCACAGUGUGUGUUUAUUUGGAAAAAUAAUUUCGAACCUAGAAUUAUUAAAGCUAGUUUUGGAAUAGAAGUAAAGUUAAGUACAUGGGCAGCUUGUUCCUAAUCACUGUAGUGCCUCUGACCUCUCUAGCAUACCCUUUUGAGAUAUAUUUCAAGGCUGGCUCUUUUUACGAGGUAUUUUUCUAUGCAUUUAAAUACUGUUAGUAAUAUGUGGUGCCUGGUGCAUUAUUAAGAUAUUUUAGAAAUAAAA